AUGCAUUCUUGGAAACAGUUAAAUACUUUGUACUAUCUACCUAUUUGUAAUUACAUAAAUAAUUUGUGUUGCCAUGGUAACCGUACGAUCAAACAGUUCCAAACAAUCUGUUACAAUCGGGUCAUGGCACUGUUAACUUUUCACUCAACUCCUCUUCUGCAAGAAUAUCAAUCAACUUGGAUUUCUCGAGCAAGUUUUUUUGCUGGCCUAUGUUUUCUACUGUGCGCUUUUGCUCCCUUUUUAGUUGCAUUUAGUAGUCAUGGAUUUUGGGUAAAGCAUCAUGUACACCGAGAAAAACCCAACGUCCGCUUCAAGUACCAAGCAUUAUUGUUAGCUCGCUCGCCAACCAGCGAAAUCACCUGGAGUACAUUCACCGAAUACAAUUUGCUAAGUAGCCAAUACCUGCAUUUCCCAUCAAUAACUGUCUCAGAAAGAGAUGAAAAUGACGAUGGAUUCAUGGACGGGCUAGACUUGAAGUUGGAAUUCGAGAGUAAUGAGACAAUUAACUUUAUCAAUAUGCUGUUAAUAUUUUCAUAUCGACUUAAGGAUAUCUCAGCCAUACAUAUGGAAUCGUUGGGCGUAAUUCAGUACGAUUCUGGAAUCCCGUUAACUGGCUUGCGUUUCGUGGGUGAUUUACAAUGGGUCCAGAAACGCAUGGUCGAAUUUCGGCAAACCGAUGACCGUUAUAAUCAGACGAUCGUGAGACAGUUUGAGAUAUCAGACCUGCUUAGAGCUUACAACGCUCGUGAUUAUGGAACUGAAUUGCGCAAUGGACACUAUGUACCGAUUUACGGCCCAAGCGAUGGCUUAGUUAGAAUCCAUACCUACAUCCGAUAUACGGAAGCAAUGUUAGAAUACGCACCUGGUAUUUGGAAUGUUUUGAAAUGGGCUUGGAUCCAGUACGCUUCUAUCUUGUUGGUUUUUGUCUACGCUACUGGCGUUAUAAAGAACGUCGUUUUCAGCCAACAGAUGGUUCCAACAUGGAAUGAGAAACGCAUUAAAACCAUAGCCAAUGAUUCAAGACAUUAA